UAACCUUUGAUUCAACUGGCUUGGCUUCUGGAAGGUGUCCGGUUCACAUGCCAUCAGCCAGUGCCUUCGUUCCACAUCACGUAUCUCCUUCGCAAUAGUGUCACGUUAUGUGAAACCUCCUUUUUCAUGUUCGUUUUUCGUUACGAAAGUUGAAUCAAACGAAUCACAAAUUCACAGAUCCGUAAAUGGAAGAUAAGGGAUCACCAGCGAUGUCACAAUUGAAGCAGUUGGUGUUAGGAGACGAUUCUCCUAUGUCAUCGCCUUCGGAUGCAACAAAAACAACGAAAGAAGAACCCGCUAAUUUGAUAUUCGAGGACAAAGAGCUGGAAAAAACACCUCUUGGCGAUGCCAUUGACUCGUUACUUGUUCGAUGGGCUCAGUUAUUAUCGAAUGUUUCAUCGCACCCCCCGGUGCCUGCUCCGUCGACAAUUGACCAUGUAAAAGAAGUCGUUGAGAUAUCAAUGUAUCAUUUUCGGGAUUCCUGUUUGGAUGUUUGUUCCGAGUUUACAAAGAUCGAUUUGCAGUGGCAGCUUGACCAUCCUGAAGAGGUUUACGAAGACGAACUGAAAGGUCUUGAUGAUGCUUUGAUUCGACAAGAAACUUUGCUUGCUAGAGCGCAUGGUAUAUUGGACAGACGAUCUAAAGAAUUUUUCGGUGAAGAUGUGGCAUGAAGCACGUCGUCAAGAAAAGUUAAUGCGAGCGCGCAUUGUCGACUGCUCUAAAAGAGCCGAGAAACGACGAAGAUUCUAUGAUAGUGUGAGGAAAGACCCUGAUCAGUUCAUGCAGAUCCAUGGACGAAAGUGUACAAUACAUACAGACAAAAGCAUAGCUCGAGCUGCAGAAGAUAGCAAUAUUUUGAGGAGAUGGCAAGGAGAUCCCGCUAUCUUGAUUGAUCGUUUCGAUGUACGUUCUCAUCUUGACUUCAUCACACCUGUGAAGAAGAAGGGCGUUGAACCCGAUAGUGAGGAUGAAAAGCAGGAAAUAGUGUGCGAUUUUGAACGGUAUCGCAUUUUGGUAAUCAACGAUUUUCGUGAUAUCUCCGAAAAGGAGUAUCUCCGCAAGAUUGCAGAAAAAGAGUUUUGGCGUAUUCCUAAGGAUGACCAGUUAAAAACUGAGCAAGAAAAGAAAAAGAAAUCUGCGGAGACAAAAGCAUCUAUCGGGUUCAAUUACGAAAACUCAAUAGUGGUUAAAAAAGAAAGUGAAGAAGUUGAGAGUGACGAUGAUGCUGAUAUCGAGGAGCCUGAAGAUAUCGAUGUUGAUCUCGACCUACGCGGUGCAGAUGCAGAAUCACAGCGACGUGUGAAUUGCAUAGGAGAAGCUUAUGGUAUCCGCCGUGGGAGCUUUGCAGGCCUACUGCGAGCUGAUGCUAUCACGCGCGCUGAAAACGCCGAGCUGCGACGAAUCGACAGAGAGAAAGCAGCACUCGCUGGUCGCGAUUCGAAGCACGAACGUUUGUUGUUGAAAAAGCAACGUGCCCUCAUAGUCGGCAAAGGUUGUCCUGAUGAAGCUACGGUUUCGCUGCUGAGUUUUGUUGAAAGUGCUGCUGCUCAAAAGAAGGCUAUAAUUGAAUCGAGUUCGUCAAGUGAGUCCGAAGACGAUGCUCGACCGCAGUUCAUAACUACGUUUGGAGGCGACGAUGGAAAAGAUGAAGAAGAAGAGGAAGAAAAGCCGGUGGUCACUGGUGUUGUUGGUCCACAGUUGCCUACCAAAGAGUAUCGUCGAAUGUUCGACCUUACGAAGCGAUCAGAAAGUCCCGACCAGCUUCUGUUGGCCGGGCGAAGCGCCGAGCGCAGGAGUAGAAGUAGGAGCAGGAGCAGAUCAAGAAGUGGAAGCAGAAGUAGGAGUCGGAGCAGGAGCAGAACGCGUGACAGAAGGCGUUCACGUUCGAGAUCAUCGAGUCGAUCCAGGCAUCGUUCUCGUUCCCGUUCUCGUUCACGCGAUCGACAACGGAGAUCGCGCUACUCUAGAAGUCGCAGCAGAGAUCGCGAUUAUAGACGUCAUAGCCGCUCGCGAUCACGCGAAUCGCGCAAAACUCGCACAACACCUGACAGGCCGUUAUUUCGCGAUCAUCGAGAAGAGUCGGGACAUGGAUCUUCAAAUUACAGGCAUGAGCCUGUUUCAAAAUCGAAGUCCACGAGCGCGGAUGAUUACGAUAUGCUGGAGAUAAGAUCAAGCAUGUCUGAGUCUGAAAAGGAGCGUAUUGAGAUCGAAAAUCGUAAACGACGAAUUAAUAGAACUAAGAGGAUGGUGAGGGAAAAUCGAGCUGCUGGUGCAAAAGAGACACAUCCAGACUCUGAUGAAGAAGAAAAGAAAGAGAUUGCUAGAAAAAUCAAGCUCAAAAUGAAGAAGGCUUUGCGACAAACUGUCGAGGAGUUGAAAGAGGAACAGGAAGAGAAGAGAAAGGAAAUGGAGAAGGAAAGACGUAUACGCGAUGAGAUCCUGUAUGUGGAAGAGAUGGAACGCCGUGAAAGAGAACGUGAACGUAGGCGUGAACGAAGAAAACAAGAGGAUCAACAGUUUGAUGAGGAAAAGGAUAAGCGGAAACGAUCUAAGCGGAGCCGGAGCAGGAGUCGCGAAAGAAAACAUGACGAUCGUUCAUUGCGAAGAACUCGUGAAUACAGAUAAAACAUGUUGUUAUUUCUGUUUGUCACAUUAAUCGGUGUUCUACAUAAAUUUCUGUUUGUGUU